GCCCUGUGCGGACCGCGGUACCAUGGCUCUCGCCCGCCUGCUCGCGCUGCUGCUGCUCCUCGUGGGCGCCCCCGCCGCCGCUGCCGAAUCGAUCCGAGAGACCGAAGUCAUCGACCCCCAAGACCUAGAAGGCCGAUACUUUUCUGGGGCCCUACCAGAUGACGAGGAUGUUGGGGGGCCUGGGCAGGAACCCGAUGAUUUUGAGCUGUCUGGCUCUGGAGAUCUGGAUGACUCAGAGGACCCCCAGAUCUUCCCCGAAGUAAUCCAUCCUCUGGUGCCUCUCGAUAACUUUAUCCCUGAGAGGGCAGGGCCUGGGAGUUGGGUCCCCACCGAACCCAAGGAAUUGGAGGAGAACGAGGUCAUCCCAAAAAGGAUCUCAUCCUUUGAGGGGGACGAGGACGUGUCCAACAAGGUGUCCAUGUCCAGCACUGCGCAGGGCAGCAGCAUCUUUGAGAGGACAGAGGUUCUGGCAGCUCUGAUCGUGGGCAGCGGCGUGGGCAUCCUCUUCGCCGUUUUCCUGGUCCUGCUGCUGGUGUGCCGCAUGAAGAAGAAGGAUGAAGGCACCUAUGACCUGGGCAAGAAACCCAUCUACAAGAAAGCCCCUACCAACGAGUUCUAUGCCUGAAGCGCCCACCUGGGCACUGGCUUGGACCUCCAUGGGGAGGGAAGCCAAAGGAUUUGGAAGGGUGGACGUUAGGGUAGGGGGAGGGCAACCUAAUGCUGACCUGUCUGCAUCUCCAGCUCUGAUUAUGUUUCAAGCGUCAGAAGAGACAUCAUCUUCUGUUC